GGGCGGAGGGCAGAUGGGAUGCGGAAAAAUAAGUGAGUUCGGAUUAAGGGGACUAAUGUUCUGCUGGAAAAUAGGCGCAGUACGUAGGCUGUCUGGAACGAGAGCUCGGUGGGAAAUAGAGAAUGUCGGGGAGAGAGGGACGUAGGUUUUAGUAAAGGUGAGUGGUGGGGAGUUGAGGGUGAGCUGCGGACCUGAGAUACAGAUUUAAUUUUCUCUGAGGCGAUGAGAUUAGGGGGAAAGGGAGGAGACCAGACUCGGGGCGAGUGAUCUUUGGGGCUAUAUUCGACAUUGCCUGGUCUUCUCCAGGUUCUAAAUGGCUUCUAAGAAGUUGGGUGCAGAUUUUCAUGGGACUUUCAGUUACCUUGAUGAUGUCCCAUUUAAGAUAGGAGACAAAUUCAAAACACCAGCUAAAGUUGGUCUUCCUAUUGGCUUCUCCUUGCCUGAUUGUUUGCAGGUUGUCAGAGAAGUACAGUAUGACUUCUCCUUGGAAAAGAAAACCAUUGAGUGGGCUGAAGACAUUAAGAAGAUCCAAGAAGCCCAGUGGGAAGCAGAGCGCAAGGCUGAGGAAGCAGAAGCUAAAGUGAAUUCUCAGAGUGGCCCCGAGGGUGACAGCAAAAUGAGCUUCUCCAGGACCCACAGCGCAGCCUCCAUGCCGCCUCCUAUCAACCCCAUCCUCGCCAGCUUACAGCACAACAGCAUCCUCACCCCGACCCGGGUCAGCAGCAGCGCCGCGAAGCAGAAGGUCCUCAGCCCGCCCCACACGAAGGCGGACUUCAAUCCUGCUGACUUCGAGUGUGAAGAAGACCCAUUUGAUAAUCUGGAGUUAAAAACUAUUGAUGAGAAGGAAGAGCUGAGAAACAUUCUGGUGGGAACCAGUGGACCCAUUAUGGCCCAGUUGUUGGACAGUAACUUGCCUCGAGGCGGCUCUGGGUCUGUGUUACAGGAGGAGGAGGUCCUGGCCUCUCUGGAGCGGGCCACCCUAGAUUUCAAGCCUCUUCAUAAACCCAAUGGCUUUGUAACCUUACCACAGCUGGGUAGCUGUGAAAAGAUGUCGCUGUCUUCCAAAGUGUCCCUGCCCCCCAUUCCUGCAGUAAGCAAUAUCAAGUCCUUGUCCUUCCCCAAACUUGACUCUGAUGACAGCAGUCAGAAGACACCCAAGAUGGCAAGCACUUUCCAUAGCACAUCCUGCCUCCGCAGUGGCACGUUCCGGAAUUCCCUAAAGCCUUCCACCCAAAGCAAUGCCAGUGAGCUCAAUGGGCAUCCUACCCUUGGGCUUUCAGCUUUGAACUUGGACAGUGGCGCAGAGGUGCCAACCCUGACCCCUCCCCAGACGCCUUCCCUGUCUGUCUUGUCUGUGUGCACAGAGGAAUCAGCACCUCCAAAUACGCGUCCCACGGUCACACCUCCUAAUUUCUCAGUGUCACAAGUGCCCAACACUCCCAGCUGUCCCCAGGCUUACUCUGAACUGCAGGCGCUGUCCCCCAGUGAGCGGCACUGUGUGGAGACAGUGGUCAACAUGGGCUACUCAUAUGAGUGUGUCUUGAGAGCCAUGAAGAAGAAAGGAGAGAAUAUUGAGCAGAUUCUCGACUAUCUCUUUGCACACGGACAGCUCUGUGAGAAGGGCUUCGACCCUCUUUUGGUGGAAGAGGCUCUGGAAAUGCAGCAGUGUUCAGAGGAAAAGAUGAUGGAGUUUCUUCAGCUGAUGAGCAAAUUUAAGGAAAUGGGCUUUGAACUGAAAGAUAUUAAGGAAGUUCUGCUAUUACACAACAACGACCAGGACAAUGCUCUGGAAGACCUCAUGGCGCGGGCGGGAGCCAGCUGAGACGAGGCCCUGCCUAGGCCCUGCCAGAGCCACCCCUGCAGGAGGCCCUGAGGAGCCCCCAUGGGGAAGGGGAAGGGGCGCACUUCCGGAUUUCCUUUUGGGGGUGGAAGGUCAGGUGUGGAGACUGUGCUUGCCAAGUCUCUACAAGCUUAGGUCCUGAGCUGGGGAGAGAGUGGGUAAGAUUUGGGCAUGCACAUGCCCCCAGAACUGUCCUGGCUCCUUCCAUAUUAAAAGUAUUUGUAUCCUGAGAAGUGUCCUUCCCGCCUUGGCCCUCCAGAUUGACUUCUCUGGUCUUUUUGGGAUCUGUAUGGCUUCAGCCAAAACCUGGCCCCGCUGCCAAAAGGAGCUGGGGAGGAGGAGGUGGUGGGGCCAGACUCAGUGCUGCUUCGGGGCUAGAUGUUCCCUCGUCCGCAAGAGUGGGCUGACCUCUAAUCCAGGUUGAGUGCAAUUGAAAGGUUCUUCCAGGGUUUGUUUCCUUCCCUUUUUAACAAUGUCACUUACUGUGACACUGGUUCUGCAAUGUCUCUGAGGUGCAGAGAAUGCCCUUUACCCCCUGGGGCCCUGAGUUUGCCUUUUCUGCCAGGCACUUACCACACUUCCCUGCCCCAGCCUGUUUCUUUUGGCCUGGUUUGGACUACAAUCUUCUGCUACCCAGGAUUUUAGAGUCCCCUACUCUAGGAAGCAGUUGUCAGUUUAAGGAAUCAUUGGUCCCUUCCCAGCACAUCAAGCGGGGAGAAAGCAGGCCAUGAUUUAGUCCCCCAGCACUAACUCCACCUCAGUUCUCCCUGGAGAACAGCCUCUCCCUCCAGCCCCUGCUCUAGGACGACACAACAGAUAACACCUAGUCAUAGAAAUCAGUCUCUUUGGUUUGUUUUGUAUUAUGUUGUACAUCAUUAAAGAUCUAAACACAAAGGAUAUACAGUCUUGAUGAAUCUAAAGUAAUUUGCUAACUAUUUUGAUUCUUCAGAGAGUACUACUAAUAAAAAUCUAAAAGGUA